UGGAAAACCCAUCUCUAUCUCGACAUCUAUCAACUGACGUAAUUGACAUUUGUGACUUCUACCAAGUUUCCGCAGCGCAAUCGAGUUUCCUGUUUCUCUUCAAUAGAAACUAAAAUGCCUCCCAAGAAGGAUGCAAAAGCUUCUGCCAAGCAACCUCAAAAAACCCAAAAGAAGAAGGAAGGAUCAGGCGGUGGCAAAGCCAAAAAGAAGAAGUGGUCCAAAGGAAAAGUGCGCGACAAAUUGAACAACCAGGUGCUCUUUGACAAAUCAACUUAUGAGAAACUCUACAAAGAAGUUCCCUCCUACAAAUUGAUUACCCCAUCAGUGGUAUCUGAGCGUCUUAAGGUUCGUGGAUCUCUGGCAAGGAGGGCUCUUAUUGAACUUCAACAAAAAGGAUUAAUCAAACAAGUUGUACAGCACAGGGCACAACUUAUUUACACUAGGACCACAAAGGGUGAUGAUCCAGUUGCAUAAGUUUAAGAUAGAAUGUAUCUUUUAAUAAAAUGAAAUAAAAAGAAAUAAAAAGAACAAAAAAAAAAGAAUUCAAAACUUAA